GUAUUGAUUAAUGCAUUAAUCGCAGUGCCACGACUUCAGUUAGCAACACUGACGCAAGCAAUAGGCGUCUGGGGCUGCCCUCGGGGAAUCAAUAGGCAAUUUCGGACGAGAGACUUAGAAGCUGGACGAAGAAAAUUCGGACAAGGGUUCGUAACUACCUUUCCAAAACAAAGAUCAGGCAGAAGAAAUGGAAUUUUAUGACCCUCAGAUGCUUGCAGUCAUGGCCUUUGGAGGAUUCAUGUUUAUCUCAGCUAUUGGAAUAUUCCUGGUGUCCACCUUUUCUAUGAAAGAGACAACUUAUGAAGAAGCUCUGGCAAAACAGCGCAAAGAGCUGGAAAAAGCUAGCCAGCAUAAGAUGGAAAAGAAAAAGAAAGAGAGAUCUGUGGAAAAGAAAGGAAAGGGGAAAAGGGGGGAGGAAAAACCUAAUGGAAAAACACUUGAGCCAGAUUUGGGAUUGGAUAAUACUGAUAGUUUUAAAGAUGCUAGUCCUGAACCAGUUUUGAUUAUUGAACCAAUCGCCUCUCAGUUACCAGUUACAUCAGUUUCAGUUGUUCCUCAGGUGGAAAAGUCAGACCCAUCUCCUAAAGACAAGAAAAAGAAAGAAAGAAAGUACACAACUUCAAAUGAACUGGUUUCUGAUGGGAAACCCAAGGAGGUGUCAGUAAGUGCUUUUCCAACAUUGAGAUCUCAGCAGCAUAGCCCAUUUAUUAACUUGGCCACUGUCAAAACAUCAGAAGAUCUUGGAAACCAAGAAGAAUUGAAACAUGAUAGAGAAUCUAAAAAGAAAACUAAUGUUAAAAAGAAGAGAGAGUCAACUACCAUAGAUGAUGAUAGCAUUCCUUACAUUCCCUACAAAACUUUGAUUUCUAUAAUCAGAAAUACAUUUUUUGAUGAAAGUGAAGUCCAGGAGUUGAUUGAAAUCUUAACCAAGAAAGGAGGACCCCAAGAUCCAUGGCUUGUGGCAACUCAGAAAGGUGACCCCAUUGCUGUUCUAAAACGGCAACUAGAAGACAAAGAAAAGCAACUUGCUAUGGAACAUGAAAAUGCAACUGCUGUAAAAACUAAACUGAACGCACUUACAAAGGAAUUUGCUUCUGAGAAGGCAAGGACCAUCACUACUGAGAAUAAGUGGAAAGAGCAACUGCAGGCACAGAAACAAGAAAUGUCUACUGUAGAAGCCCAAAUGCAGACCAGUAAACAGCAAUAUAAAAUGCAGAUACAGCAGUUGCAAGAAAAGAUUCAAACACUACAAGAACAGCUGCAGAAUGGCACUAAUGACCAGCUAGCUCAUCUGCAGCAAGAAAAUUGCAAUCUCAGAGAUGCUUUAAACCAAGCAACAAGCCAGACUGAGCACAAACAAAAUACUGAACUAGCUAAAUUGCUUCAGGAUUAUAAUAAACUAAGCAAGGAGUUGACUGAAAAGAUGGAGGUUUUACAAGAGGUAGAGGAACAGAAGAAGGCUCUGGAGAUGAAGACUGUUGCCCAUGAAGAACAAAUCCGCCUAUUGCAGAUAUCCCAGAAAGAAAGUGAAGGCCUACUACAGGAGAGCUUGGAUGACGUCAGGGAAGAACUCUGCAAAUCACAGGCCAAUUAUCAAUGCUUACAGAUAGAUCUGGAAAAGGCAAAAGAGCAGCAGUUCGAUUUUGCUGAACUUCAGUCUAAACUCUUGUGCUCUGAAACAGAGCUGAAGAGAAAGGUAGAAGAAUGUAAUAAUCUCCACCUUAAAUUAUCAGAUGAAACUUGCAUCAACUUUCAGCUUGAAGAAAGGAUUAAAUCAGUUGAAGCCCUUUUAGAAUCAAGCCAAAUGAGAGAUGCAGAGAAAAACAAAGAUAUUCAGGAAACAAACGGAGCAGAAAUAAGGUGCCUUCUCUUAAGGUUACAGGAAUCAUCCACUCAGGCCUCCACAUUGGAGGAUGAAGUUUCAAAGUUAAAGCAUAUGGUUGAACAGCUGAAAAUGGAAAACAAUGACCUGACAAUUUCAUUAAGAGAAACAAAUGAGGCACUGCGCACACUACAAGCAAAAUGUGAUCAGUAUAGGAAUAUUCUCACAGAGACGGAAAGAAUGCUCAAGGACUUGCAGAAGCGGUUGGUAGAGGAACAGCAGGUGUGGCAAGAGAAACUGGCUGUAUCUGAAGAAGCCCUUGCAAAGACUCAAGAUUUGGUGUACAGCUUGCAAGCUGAAUUGGAGAAACUAAGAUGUGAUAGGAAAGACUCUGCUUAUAUAAAAAAGGAAAUUCUCCAACUUCAGGAGACAUUGGAUAAUGAAAAGAAGUUAACAAAGGAUUUGGGAUGUGCAAUCACCAAACUAAAAGAGCUUUUGAAGGUCACCCAAGAACAGCUGUCCAAGGAAAGAGAAGCAGUGAUGAAAUUACAAGAACAGCUUCAAAACAGGGAAGAAAAUGAAGGCAUUGCCAAAGAAGGUACAUCUGUUUGACAGAUCAAGAAUCUAGGAUGUGCACUUUAUCAGACUUAAAUGUUUUUAUAUAUUUCUAAAGUACACACUUAUUUACUGUAAAGAGAAAUAAAUAAGACAAUAGCGACCAGAAACUAUUUUCAAAAGAAAUAAAAAGUCUAUAAAUAUAGCGUUUCUGUUAUGAAAAUUUUUCUUUUGUAAAAUAUGCUUGUUUCCUUCUCUUUCUGAAGGGAGAUUAUCUGCAUUAAAAUAUUUCUUAAUAUCCGGAGAGAAAGAAUCCUUAGACUGAACAUCCUGAUUUCUUCAUUUGUGUAAGGGUUCACCCAUGGAUAAACCAGCUCCGCAUAGCAAACUCUUCUAUUUCUGGGAAGAACCAUAGUUUCUUUCUUUCUUUUCUCCUUUGCAGCUACUUUCUUUCAUUUCUUGCCUUAUCUACCAAUUUAUGCCCUUGCAACAGCACUCAUUAACGUCUUUAAUUCACAAAUAAUUAUCUGAGGAGAAAAAAAUGUCCUUUUUGGAUAAAUAAAAUAUGCUGUUAGUUAAAUACCUACAGAGCAGUGAUUAUCUUCUAUUACCUACUCUCAUUGCACUACCUUUCAUUACAAAUGUGCUUCAGAUAGAUCUGCUUUGAUGUUUUUCAGUUACAUUAAAUUGAUCUCUUUAGAAGGGAAUAAUGCUGUGAUUGUCACAGUUCUAUAACAGAAAAUUUUACAGAGACAGAAUUGACUUUAUCUUGGUUUAUAGUCAUGAUUCAUAUACUUUAUUAAGAAUACUUGAAGAAGCGUCUUAAAAUUGGUGCUGACUAGCAGUGAAAAACUGUGAGAAUAUGAGAAAAUGAGAAAUAGCCAGAAUUGAUUAGUAAUGAGAAAAUGACACACAUAGCUGAAAAGUGUAAUAUACACGGAUACUGCAGAGUAGCCUUUUCCAACCGGGCAUUCUCCAUUUGUGUUGGAAUUGCCACUUCUGAUAUUCCCAGUGAGGAUAGCCAAAACAUGGGAUCACAUCAGGUUGGAGAAGUCUACUUCAGAGUAGGCAUAUUUUAAAAUAUUAAACUGAAAAUGUUUUACUUUUAUCCGAAGACAUAAUUUUACAUAAAAUUACAUGUUAUUUCAUGAAAUAGUAAUUUCAUCUUCAUACAUUAAACAUAUACAAUAUCCUUCAAUCUGUAAUACUGGGGAAGUACCUAGUUACUCAGCAGAGAAUGUUCCUCUAGUAUAUUUGACAUUCAUUAUGCUUAUGGGAAAAACUGUCCAACUUUAUGAAGAAUGUGAUGGUUGAACAUAAAGUGGAAUAAAAUAGAAUAACAUAGAAUAAAAUGAAGAAUAAAGUAGAAUAACAAUAAUGAUGAAAAAAAUCAUUAUUCAAGUAAAAUGAUGUGUCUGCAUAAUUCCUGGAAGAAAGCUGUGUUAACAAAAGCUGUGUUAACUGAUCUAAUGCAUAUUUAGAAACAUUGUAUAAAGUAAAACUGCCUUAAUUGUAUUCCCAUGAGAAAUGAACCUAACAUGUGAAAAACUAACUGAAUGAUAUACAAUGUAGAUUCCAUGUGUGCUCCCUUUGUUCCUGAGAAAUGGAGAGCUAUACAGAUUGGAGUUUGGAACUGUCCCCCUGUUCAGAAUUGCUUGUCUCUAUUGCUUCUGAACCUUUGCGUAAAUAAACCUCUCUGUUACACCCUU